AUGAGGCGUGUGUCUGUGCGCUGGCUGAGAGGCGUGUCCCUGCUCCUGCUCCUCCAGACGACAACAUCCAUGAUGAUGCUUCCAAACUCCACCGGCUGGCAGCAGAUUUUGGACAAGUAUCUGGACGAGGACGGAGACUGGUGGGAGGCCAAGCAGAGGGGGAAGAGGGCCAUCACCGACAGUGACGCUCAGCUCAUCCUGGAUCUUCACAACAAGCUCAGGAGCCAGGUUUACCCUCCCGCUUCCAACAUGGAGUACAUGGUGUGGGAUACAGAGUUGGAGCGUACAGCAGAGGAGUGGGCAGAAACCUGUCUGUGGGAGCACGGUCCGGCCAGCCUUCUGCCACAGAUUGGACAGAACCUGGGGGCACACUGGGGAAGGUAUCGCCCACCCACGUUCCAUGUGCAGGCUUGGUAUGACGAAGUGAAAGACUACUCCUUCCCCUACCCUCAGGAGUGCAAUCCCUACUGUCCCUUCAGAUGCUCCGGCCCGGUUUGCACACAUUACACACAGCUGGUCUGGGCCACCAGCAGUCGGAUCGGCUGUGCCGUCAACGUGUGCUACAACAUGAAUGUGUGGGGACAGAUUUGGGCGAAAGCUGUUUAUCUGGUCUGCAACUAUUCACCAAAGGGAAACUGGUGGGGCCAUUCACCUUACAAACAUGGGACCCCGUGUUCUGCCUGUCCUCCCAGCUAUGGAGGAGGAUGCAAGGACAACCUCUGCUACAAAGUUGAAGAUGACAGUUCUUACCCUCCGCAAGAGGAAACAGAAGAAAACAACUUCAUUGAGCCGGAGGCCCCCCGCACUACGAAGCCCCGGUCCCGGGCCUCCAAGCCUGAGCCUCCCAGUCGCCCCGCCCCAGCCCCCACCAAGCCCCCCACAGAGGACCUGCAGAAGAAUGAAGUGGUCAACACACAGCAGAUGUCUCAGCUGGUGACCUGCGACACUAAGCUUCGAGAUCAGUGUAAAGGAACACCAUGCAAUAGAUACGAGUGUCCAGCUGGAUGCCUAGAUGCUACAGGGAAAGUAGUUGGGACGGUGUACUAUGAAAUGCAAUCGAGUGUGUGCAGAGCUGGUCUACAUGCUGGUGUCAUAGAUAAUGAUGGAGGGUGGAUGGAUGUCGCCAGACAAGGCAGGAAGGACUUUUUCAUUAAAUCCAACAAGAACGGAGUCCAGUCACUAGGAAAAUAUCAAAGUGCUAAUUCCUUUACAGUUUCCAGAGUGGCAGUUAAAGCCAUCACAUGUGAGACCACAGUUGCACAACUUUGUCCUUAUGAAAAGCCUGCGAGACAUUGUCCAAGGUUAUACUGCCCAAGAAACUGUUUAGAGGAGAAUCCUCACAUAUCCAGAGUAAUCGGUACCAAAAUAUACUCUGAUAAGUCCAGUAUAUGUCGGGCAGCAGUCCAUGCUGGAGUCAUUAGGAAUAAUGUGGGUGGUUACAUCGAUGUGAUGCCAGUGGAGAAGCGGAAACACUACAUUGCCUCGUACCAAAACGGCAUUGUCUCAGAGAGCCUUCAAAACCCUCCUGGAGGGAAGGCGUUCCGGGUGUUCGCCGUGAUUUGAGUGCCCUGGAGGGCGGCUUCGCCAGACAAAAAAAAAGAAAGAAAAGAAGCGCACUUGGGCUGCUGAAUAGGCGGUAAUCAAGCCAUGUUGUCAAAACUCAAUGACUGAAAUGCUUCUGGCUUUGCUACACUUGGAGGGUGAGAGGUCGUCACCAUGACAGCGUAAACCCAGCAACAAAAACUUGACAUGUACACAAUGAGAACCUGUCUGUACUCACUCUCAUGGAAUUUUCCUUCUGUAAGCUUUAGCAGGACUUUUUUUUUUAAACUGUAAAUAUUGCUGAUUAUUUUGUUGUACAUAUUUAUUAAUAGUAU